UGACACCACUUUAAAGAUGGAGGGUUAUAUAUUAGAGAUGGAGAUAUAUUAAAGUCUUUCAAAUCCGAUUGCGUUUUUAUUGCUGGUGUCUGGCCUCUUCUCCUUUAAAUGUUUCGGGGACUUUGACGGGAUGGCCAACACGGCGACGGGAGCCGUCUCUUCCAGGCGAUUGGCUGGGCCGUGGGAAUAUUCAAAUAGGCCCAUGAUUGAUUGGCCAGGAGCCGGUUUCAACAGCGCCGACUGGAGCGCUCAUUUCCAUUCCGACAUCACUCUCUUUGGCACGGAGCUCGGUCGGCUGCCGACAUGAAAAUCCAAGCGGCUGCGCACCAAACCUAAUCGCUGAAAUUAUCUCCCACACCAGCAGUCGGAUAUGUGGCGGAGGAGCGCUUAACGGAGACCAUCAAUGGAUGUUUAUCCGGAGGUUUCCCGUGCGCAUCGCGAAAUCACUGGCGAGAUCCGGAUCGGUUUUGCGGAGGAAAUACGCCUUCCGACCAGGAGAGCAGCCAAUCAGCCGCGGCGAACCAAAGACAAACCAGCCUUAUGAUCAGACAAAACUCUCAGGUUUAUCCAGGCUCAGUGCAGCCCCAGUGAACUAUCAUGCUGGCCUGUAUCCAGACACGGCAGAACCUCUCGUCGCAGCGUCUGGCUUGCACACCCAAAAGCCUCGAUGUUCCACCACCGCCAUUACUAUUGCCGGUACCGCCGCUGCAGCCGUGCGCUUCUAAAGGAAAAUCAGCGUCCAUGGUUUCUCGGUACCCUUCCCCUGCAGAGUUGGAUGCUUUUGCCCAGAAGACGGCCAACAGCCCACUGUCCAUCAAAAUCUUUCCAACUGAUAUCCGUGUGCCACAACACAAACAACUGAACAAAACAGUCAAUGGUUUAGACACCACAGGCCAACGCUACAGCCCCUACUCACACCCACAUUCAGGUGGCUACCAGGGCUUGCUGGCCAUCGUCAAGGCCUCUGUAGCACUCAGAGGUGUAGUGAAAAACUCUGAUGGCAAGAGGACUAAACAUGCAUACACCCAGACAUCAAUGGUACCAUACAAUAAUUCUCUCAAUAAUGGCUACACUGUUACGAAACAUGAGAAUAAAAGCUAUCAUAUAAGUUCAUAUCAACCCCCUGAUGCCCCUAUAGAGACACUUUGUUCUACCACUGCAAUGGCCUCCGGAGAUCACAGUGUAGUCCCCCAGUCUAAACUGGUGGACGUUCAAGGCCUGAUGAGGCAGAUAAACAGAGUUCCUCACAGCCAGGCACUGCAGCUGGGGGGCGAAGCACGACCCAGCCCCUCCCUGCAAGCCGUGGCUGCAGUGGCACAUGCAGACUUUGUCCCUGAGGUGCCGCCUCACAGUAGCCAGGCAACCUCAGGAGCAGUGGUCCCUACGCAGAGUGCGGACAGACCUGGGUACUUGGAGAAUGGGGACUACAUGAUGUGGCAGCACAGGCACUAUCGUCAGAUUAAGCAGCAGCAGGCCUAUGAACAGGGAACACUGAGGAUAUACAGUGUGCGUAACAGUGCUCAGGGAGUCAGGCAGUCUGCUUUGGCAUGUACCUCGCAACCGUUGUAUCAACCGCAUCCUCCCACUGUGGGCACAGGGCAGGAGUGGGUUAGCGGUUCCUCUAUGACCUGCGCAGCAAUGCAAGGACAACUCUCUGUUGGACAGUACUUUGUUCCCAUGUGGGACGGUGUUGUAGCCACGCCAAACAGCGACUGUUAUCCUUCUCAGGUGCUGGCAAAGGGUACGUGUGCCAUCAGGCCAAGAGACACAGGCCUUUCACAUCUCAUUCCUCAUCCAACUCUUCAUCACCACCAUCCACAGCUCCACGCCCCUCCUCAUACCCAGGCCUACAACCCAGAGCAAACCCUCUGCUGUGGGCCACCCAGUUCCAGUCUGUGCCACGCGGCAGCCCUCAGCAGCAGCCUACAGUCUCUGGAGUGCCUCAUCAGUGAGAUCCAGCCUCCCUGCAUCAAAGAGCGCAUGCUGGGCCGCGGGUACGAUGCUAUGGGGAUGCCUCAGGUGCUGGAGCACCACCAGCAGACCCACAUCCAGCUCCCAGUGUACAGAUAAGACACGGAGCAGCCACACAACAGGACACGGAAGCAACAAACCUUUUUUAUAGACAAUGAAGUAUGUCAGUUUAGGAUACUAUGAGAAUAAGAGGAUGCCAUUUUUUUUUUAGUUCAUGCAUGUCCUGUAUUUGUAGAAGGCUUUUUGUUUCGAAGCCUAAUUGAUAAUCAUUACUUAACCCACAAGUUUGGACUUUUGAUGUUAUAUUUUUACAUCAUAAUCAGUCAUCAAAUAUCAGUGCUGUUUGUCAUAAUCAGAGGUGAAUGUCUUUGGGAAUUUUCAGAUGUUUGGACAUGGAAUGUACAGCAGCAGUGUUUGUUACAUAGACAUGGCCCAUUUCACUCCCCAUGAUCCGCAUUAAAGAAAACACUAACCGUUGUUAGCAUUAACAUGUGGUCAGCAUUUAGUGAUUUACAUUACCAUAUGUGGUCACAUUGUUAUGCUGCAUAAUAUUUACCCCAGAAGUUGUAAAUUGUGACUCGAAAUGAUGUUACACCUGAGCUAAAUGAGCUCCAUUUUCCCCACAACACCACAAGUUGGAAAUUAAGAUGGACGCAUCCAGGAUUUUGGAGUAUAAAGUGCUACAAAAAAGCAGUUCACCCAAAGAUCCCCAUGGAAGAGUAGAGGUGGUGCAGAUGCUACAUUAAUGUUUUAAUUUACUGUUCCAUUUGUAGCAUGGUGUCGCCAGUCAUUGGCAUUAGCAACAUAUACAAGGUUAGCCAAUAUUGGCAGCACCAGUUGAUAAUAUUAUGCAGUAUUUCAUGCA